AUGGCAUCCAUUGAACUUACUCCGGAAAAGCCUGAAUUUCCGGCGGGCAAUUGGCAUAUUGAGGGACACAUGAAUGAGCACAUUGCCGGUACUGCGCUCUACUAUCUUGGUAGUGAGAAUAUCACUUCGAAUGACCUUUCAUUCCGUAUGCAGACACCGGAGGAAAAUGACGAUGACCUCGGAGCUAGGCAAGAUUCCUAUUGUUGGCUAGAGCAGGUCUUUGGAACAAGUCUGAAACAAGGGAAUUCUCCGUGUCUUCAAAAUUAUGAUAGUGUGGAAACACGUCAGGGAAGACUACUUGCUUUUCCUAACGUCUUUCAACACAAAGUUUCAUCUUUUCGCUUAGAAGAUCCGACCAAACCAGGCUGUCGACGAUUCAUCGCCCUAUGGCUCGUAGACCCAACCUUACGUAUCAUUUCCACCGCCAACGUUCCACCGCAACGAUUGGAUUGGUGGGUCGAAUCCGUGUUUGGAAAUACCCCCGAGGCUCGCAGAGUAGCUAUUUCGAAGCUUCCUGCGGAGUUAGUAAUCCUGUUGAAUGAGAAUGGCUUAAAUGCGGAUACUUCGACAAAAGAUAUGAAACUCUCACCGGAGUUGAUGGAAAUGGUGCGAGAGCACUUUAGAACCGGUGGUGAUCCAUUACUUAUGGGGGUUGAAGAGGCCAAGGAGCAUAGGCUCAAACUAAUGGAGGAACGUGGCGCGUUUGUGAGAACGGCUGGAGAGGAAUGGCAUAAUUCGGGUUAUAAUUUCUGUGAGCAUUGA